CAAACUGUGGAGAUCACCAUGAUGUCACUGAGCAUCUUCAGAGGCUGAUUUCCACCUGAAGCCACUUUCUACCUCACCUCUAAGAGUUGGAGCGCAGCACCGGUGCACCUCCUGAGUCUCUGUGCCCAGUGGAUGCCCCCCCACAGCUCCAGCCAUGGGAGAAUGGACCAUCCUGGAGCGCCUCCUGGAGGCUGCUGUGCAGCAGCACUCCACUAUGAUAGGAAGGAUCUUGCUGACAGUUGUGGUGAUCUUCCGUAUUCUGAUUGUGGCCAUCGUUGGGGAGACAGUUUAUGAGGACGAACAAACCAUGUUCAUAUGUAACACUCUACAGCCAGGCUGCAACCAGGCCUGCUAUGACAAAGCCUUCCCAAUCUCCCACAUCCGGUAUUGGGUCUUCCAGAUUAUACUGGUGUGCACACCUAGCCUCUGCUUCAUUACCUACUCUGUCCAUCAGUCUGCCAAGCAGCGAGACAGGCGUUACUCUUUUCUCUAUCCUAUUAUGGAAAAAGACUAUGGAGGACGGGAUGGGGCACGAAAGAUCCGCAACAUAAAUGGCAUUUUAGUUCAGCAUGGUGGCGAUAGCGGGGGAGGAAAGGAAGAACCAGACUGUUUGGAAGUAAAGGAGAUCCCCAACGCCCCUCGGGGCCUUACCCAUGGGAAGAGCUCCAAGGUUCGCCGGCAAGAAGGGAUCUCCCGCUUUUACAUCAUUCAGGUGGUUUUCCGGAAUGCCCUGGAGAUCGGCUUCUUGGCAGGCCAGUAUUUUCUCUACGGUUUCAGCGUGCCUGGGAUUUUUGAGUGUGACCGCUACCCAUGCCUCAAAGAAGUGGAGUGCUACGUCUCUCGACCCACUGAAAAAACAGUUUUCCUGGUGUUCAUGUUUGCGGUAAGCGGCAUCUGCGUGGUGCUCAAUCUGGCUGAGCUCAACCACCUGGGCUGGCGUAAGAUCAAGGCCGCCAUCAGGGGCGUCCAGGCCCGCAGGAAGUCUAUCUGCGAGAUCAGGAAAAAGGACAUGGCACAUCUGUCCCAGCCGCCAAACCUGGGGCGCACUCAGUCCAGUGAAUCUGCUUACGUUUGAUGAAGAUGAUCAGUACCUAAAUUAACAAGGAGUGAGAUGAAUGUGCAAGAGUGUAAUUUUUUUUUUCACAGAGGGUUGGGGUCAAAAGAGAUGACUUCUGCUCUGCAGAGACAGAAUAAAACAGAAUGUAAAAAGACCAAAAGUCUGAGUCUGCCGAUUUGAGCAUUAAUGGAAGGCAGAGAAAAAAGAUGAUAAAGCACACUAGAAAAAAAGUUUGGCUCGGCGAGAUGAACAUAAUUAACACAAUGAUCUCAUGGGGAGAUUUUCCUACGAUUUUAUACAAUUUUCUUGGUAACUAAUUACCUUCUCGUUCUUUUUUAAUGAGAAAAAUUAAACCCUCAUGAGGUUAGAGUGGAGAAACCGGCAAAUGAAGGAAAAGAGAAUGAACAGGGUGUGGAUAUUGAAAAUGAGGGAGUUUUUUGAUGCAUCCAAUGGUGCUUUAUAUCUGGACAUCAUCAACUUCAGUAAAAAAAAGGUGACAGGACAGGGGAUGGGACAUGGAGAAUGAACAGCAACGUUAUUAAAGAGGAGCGGAAGAACAGUCAGGAUGAAGGCGUGUUUGGGUGCGAGAGGACGUAAGAGAGGGAAGCACCCAGCUCUGGGAGAACAUCUGAAACAAGAGAUCGAAGACAGAAGAGAGGAAGCGUUCUCCUUUUCCGACCUCUCCUCAUCAGUGAUUAAAAAGGAGCUGCCUCUGAACAUUGUGUCUUGCCUUCACUGGAACAUCGACACGAGCCAAACCAGGAAAAAAAGACCGACGGUGUUUAUGCUUCGUCUCUUGGCAAAAGAUGAUUUCAACACAAA